AAUCAAUACACCCUUUCUCAACGAAAUGCAUUUGCUAUUGCUAUAGCAUUUGAUCUUGGCAUGUUCAUGUGUUCAUAUUUGUAGGGACUUUCCCGCGAAAUAAUCUCCUUUCCAUUUUCGUGAAAAGAGGCUUCUAUUUCAAACAUGGCGCACACGAGCAGCGGGCAAUAUUUAAAAGAGGUUGAAGAUGCAAUCUCAAGCAAAGAUGGUGAUACUUGGGGUGAAUUGAUGUCUUAUAAGCAUGCCCAUGUUGCCAACCCUAGGCUUCAGUUGGAGAAUAGCAUAUCUCUGUGUCAAAAAUGGUUUCCAUCUCCUUACGAUGAAAUGGUUGCUGCACACUUGAGAGGUGUUUGGGCUGUCAGUGGCAAUGAUUAUGUGGAGGCAUAUGCAUCACAAGCUGUUGUGGUGCAAAAUUUCUUGAAAAUUUUCCAAUCAAUGAAAGAAGAAAAUUGGGUAUUGCCUGUUCUUUACACUGUUGCUGUUGACCUCCGACAGUUUGCUUUAAAUGCUGAUCGUCAGUUAGCUAAAGUAAAUCGUGGUAAAUUUGGCGAGAAUCUGGAAAAAGCAGCAGAAGCACUCAUGAAUUUGUUUAGAGCCUGUGUUAGUGAUACGAGGGCACCGCUUGAAAAAUCGAAGAAAUGGGGAAUGCUUGGCAUUGUCAAUCAGCUGUUUAAAAUUUAUUUCAAGAUAAACAAGCUUCAGCUGUGCAAACCGAUGAUUCGUGCGAUUGACAGUCUUUCAUUCAAGGACCAGUUCAAAGUUGCUCACCUCGUCACUUAUCGAUUCUUUGUUGGCAAGAAGGCCAUGUUCGACAGUGACUAUAAAUUAGCAAAUGAUUAUCUGACGUUUGCAUUUGACCACUGCCACCGUCGCAGUUUUAGGAAUAAAAGACUGAUUUUGAUUUAUCUUCUUCCUGUAAAAAUGCAGCUCGGAAGGAUGCCCAGUAAGAAACUUCUACACAAGUACAAGCUAGAUCAGUUUACUGACGUUGCAAAAGCAGUUUGUGUUGGCAAUCUUUUACUCCUGAAUCAGGCACUAGAGAAAUACCAGACCUUCUUUAUACGGUCAGGAAUUUACCUAAUUCUGGAGAAGCUUAAGAUAAUAACAUACAGAAACUUAUUCAAGAAGACAUGCCUCCUUAUGAACACUCAUCAACUACCAAUAGAAGCCUUCAAAGUUGCACUGCAUUACAUGGGGGCAACUGAUGUGGACACAGAUGAAGUCCACUGCAUACUUGCAAACCUUAUACACAUGGGGUAUUUGAAAGGAUAUAUUUCCUAUCAGCAUCAAAAACUGGUUGUUAGCAAAAAAGACGCAUUUCCAAGCCUAGCAACAUUCUUAUGAGUUUGGAAUCAGAAGAAAAACAUCCAUUAUCCGCAGAGGAGCUUAACAUGUUCUUCAAGCUGUCAGAGAGUUAUAAAGAAGACUUCAACAAAAUCUGUUUUGGAAGUCAUGUUUUCUGCGCCAUGGUGACGAGAGGAUCGUACUGAGAUACUAAAUGAAAAAACGAAAGAGAGCAAAUGAAAGUAGUAACUCGUGGAUAAAAGAACUGUUUUCUACUUAGGUUUUUAUAAAUUUACCAUAACCAGCAGGGGAAAGACAGCCUUUUAUUGUUUAUCAUUCGGCCUGCAGUACGUUUCACCGCACACUUAGAGCAAGGUUUUCAGUAAAACUCAGAGGAUAUAAUGAAGCUUCUUUGCCAAAAAGCUAUUCUUUUAACUGCUUUGAAUGUUUCUAUGCAGUGCCGCAAGUCGUAAAGGUUUUAAAGUCUCACCCAUGAUUUCGAGAUAUUAGAAAUAGUUUA